UAAGCAUGCCUCCCCCUUCUUGCUUUUCUUUCUGAAUGCAGACCCUUGAACAAUGGCUCUCUUCAAACAAAUUUCACACCUCCAAACACAAACUUUUCCCUGUCUUCUCUUCCACUUCUUUCUCUUCCUCUUACUACUCGAAAAUGUCAACUCGUUCUCCUUCAACAUCUCCAGUUUUGAUACAAACACAAAGGAUAUCACCUACCAAGGUGAUGCUUUCCCAUCAAGAGGAGUCAUUCAGCUCACAAAGAAUCAAGUUGAUGGUCCGCUAACUGAAAGCGCUGGCCGUGCCUUGUUCGCUCAACCCGUGCGUCUUUAUGAUGCCAGCAAGGGGAGGCUCACCGACUUCACAACCCAUUUCACCUUUGUCAUGAAUGCCUUGAAUGAUACACGCUAUGGUGAUGGCAUAUCUUUCUUCCUUGCACCAUUGGAUUCGAAAAUCCCAGAAAAUUCAACUGGGGGAUACCUUGCUCUAUUUAGCUCCAAUUCCAACUUCAACUCAACCAAGAAUCAAAUUGUUGCUGUGGAGUUUGACAGUUUUAAAAACAGUUGGGAUCCAAGUCCUGAUCAUGUAGGAAUCAAUGUCAACUCCAUUGUCUCAGUAGCCAACAUUUCGUGGAAAACUACCAUAAAAAAUGGAUCAGUAGCAAAUGCAUGGGUAAGUUAUAACUCCACCUCCCAAAAUUUAAGUGUUUUUCUAACGUAUUCUAAGAAUCCAGAGUUCAGCGCUGGAGAUUGUAGUGUUUCGUACAUAAUUGAUUUGAGGAAGGUGUUGCCGGAGCUGGUAAGUGUCGGUUUCUCUGCAGCCACGGGUGCAUGGGUGGAAAUACACAACAUUCUGUCUUGGUCAUUUAGUUCCACCCUGGAUAUCAGUAGUAAUAAUGAAGCAGAAAGAAAAAUAAGAAUUGGGGUUGGUUUAGGGGCAGGUUUCGGUCUUUUGAGUUGUGGAUUAGGUCUCUUUUGGUUCAUCUCUUGGAGAAAAAGGGCUAAGAAGAUAAAUGAGGCAUAUGAUAUAUCUAUGGAUGAUGAAUUUGACAAGGGAACUGGGCCGCGGAGGUUUACUUACCGUGAACUAAAUCACGCAACAAACAACUUCGCUGAGGGAGGCAAGCUUGGAGAGGGAGGAUUUGGAGGAGUCUACAAGGGUUUGCUAACUGAGUCAAAAACAGAAGUGGCUGUGAAGAGAGUAUCUAGGGGAUCAAAGCAAGGGAAAAAGGAGUACAUAGCGGAAGUGAGGAUCAUCAGUCGGUUGAGGCACAGAAACUUGGUGCAGCUCAUCGGUUGGUGUCAUGAACAAGGUGAGUUCCUUCUGGUCUACGAAAUUAUGCCGAAUGGAAGCCUUGAUUCCCAUCUGUUUGGAAUGAAGCUCCAUCUAACUUGGACAGUAAGGCACAAAAUAGCCCUUGGCUUAGCAUCGGCAAUUCUGUAUCUUCACGAGGAGUGGGAACAAUGUGUUGUGCAUAGAGAUAUUAAGUCAAGUAAUGUGAUGUUGGAUUCCAAUUUCAAUGCCAAGCUUGGAGAUUUUGGGCUUGCAAGGCUUGUAGACCAUGGUUUGGGGUCACAAACAACUGUAUUAGCAGGCACCAUGGGGUAUCUAGCCCCAGAAUGUGUGACAGAUGGAAGGGCUAGUAAAGAAUCCGAUGUCUACAGUUUCGGGGUAGUUUCCCUAGAAAUUAGCUGUGGAAGAAGGCCGGUCGAAGCAAAGGCAGAACCAAGUAGGGUAAGGCUGGUGGAGUGGGUUUGGGAUUUGUAUGGAAAAGACCAAAUACUUGAAGCUGUUGAUGAAAGAUUGAAUAAGGAAUUUGAUGAGCAACAAAUUGAGUGCUUGAUGACAGUAGGGUUAUGGUGUUGCCAUCCUGAUCCUACCGUUAGGCCUUCUAUUAGGCAAGUGAUUAAUGUUCUCAAUUUCGAAGCCCCCAUGCCAAGCCUGCCUUCAAGGUUGCCAGUGCCAACGUACUUUGCACCUGCAUUGAGUAUGUGUAGGUUCUCCUAUACGUCUAACCUCACCGGAUCAUCAGUAAAAGAUCGAACUCAGUGUUCAUGUAGCAGUUGCACUACCUAUAAUUCAUCACAGUCAGCCGGCUCUUCGAAAGCUCUACUGAAUUCGCGCACAACCGCUGUGUAGCGAUGUGCCUCUAUUAAUCUUUUUUUUUCUUUUUACUUUUUGUUUGAUUUCUUUGUUGUCCAUGGUUAAGAGCAGGAAUUCUUGUGCUUUCUAUUGUUUUCGUUUAUACAAAAGAAUUGGCUUACUUAAAUAUUUGGUAAGUUAUUUUUAUGUUGUUAAUUAAACAAAGUUGUACGAACGGCUGAUCAUAUAGUUUAGAUCAA